AUGCCACCUCAGGAUUUACUGGUUCAGUCCGUCAAUAUGACAUCCAUAAAACUGGACCUGACAGCGUGGAGUUCAGCUGGGUGUCCAAUUAAUUUUUACACCGUUAAAUAUCGAUUAUAUGGCGACACACAAUGGGUUGAAGUAUCGAAUCACGUUGAUGGAAACAUGACAUCUUUUACUGUUCAGGAUUUACGCCCUGCAACUUGGUACGUCAUGAAAAUGACAGCUCAUAAUGAGGCUGGAUCAACAGACAGUUUGUUAAAAUUUGGAACUCUUACUGACACUGGCAGCACCAUUUUGCCGCUGUUCGUCGUCCAUCGUAAGGAGGGGAAAUUUUAUGAGAAGAUCUACGUCAUGUUACCCUUAUGCACCGGUAUAGUGGUCAUCUUAAUUGCCGCCGUAGCACUUCUCCUGUGGUGCCGGAGACGCAGUGAAAGACUUCGGUUUAAAGAGUUUCACCUUCCCAAAACGGCUUCAAACCUUCGUCUAGACAUCACAGCGGAGACGUCACUCAUGAACGAUUUAGACAAACGUCUUAAUCUAGAUAUGGACAGCGGAGGAGGUACGCUGGAACCCUACGGCAAACACAACGUAAACUUACGGACCACUGGUCAAUCGGAAGAGGUGGGCAGUUGUGGAGUGGCAGGUGGUCAGCAUGGAGCCACAGGAAACCACCAUACCUCGUGGUUGCUCCACGCGACCUUUCCUGGCCGGACGGGCACUAACAAGACUGCUAGUGUCCCCGGUUCGCCCAGUAGAUCAGGUAUCCCUUCACGUUGCUGGACGUCAUCUAAAUCUUCAUACACCACCACCACUACAUCCGCUACAUCUCGUUAUCUCAAUUACGCCGUUCCCAAAACCGACUUCCGUUCUUCGCUUCACGCCACCCUUACUAAAGACUCUGCAUCUGCGUACACUGACGUCGAGAUCGACAAGUGUGAAAAGCUUUUAGGGCCUCCCGUUUCCUCUUCUUCUUCCUCCUCAUCGUCGUCGUCACCCCGUUUCCCGAUAUUGGGCAUCGUGCGUCGCUGGCCACCCGUGUCGGCCACCUCGGGGUCUUACUCUCCGUCGGCGACUGCGACCCGUUUUUCGCAACGUUAUGCCGCUAAUAUUCGCAAUCAGCCUUCGCUUCGUUCGCACAGAUGCACUUCGAGACCCCAAAGUACACAUAACGCUUUCGCCGCUUCUUAUGACUUCUUCUGUACGUUCCUUUUUUUACCCGUUCUCAUAUUGCGUCCUUAUAUCGUUUUCAACCUUUCACAGAGUAGUUUUAUCAAAUCACGCUCUCGCAAUCACUACGUAGUCACUAAUCACUUAAAUACUAAGUUUUUCAACCAUUUGCAUUUGUUACUAUGCUCUAUGUUGGUGUCAUCGUCACUUUUGUCCCAUUUAUAUUGA